GGGAUUAUCUGUGUCACUGAGUCAUAUGCAGGCUUCUUGGUCUCUCUCUGAACAAAAUAGCAGGCUUGUUGUUUCUCAAUCUGUCCACGUCUGCAUAUUCCUCAGUGAAACUGCUUUUCCUGACCUGCCAUCGCUUUGCAGUAAACAGCAAAAUCCUUGACUGAGGGAGUUACAAGUGCUAUAGGCUUAUUGGUUUUCCAGCCAUAGCUUUGGCUGUUUUUCAGUUGAUAUGGUAGUCAACUCUGUAUGUUAUGGUAUUAGCGUUCAAGGACGUCUGAACAGAUACGCCUACACUUGAUACAAAGGGACAUCAAAACAGGCAGAAACGCGCAAAGAGAAGGAGAUUCCUAAGCGGUCACAGGCACCGCAUGCGAAGGCUUUACUGCAGUUGGAAAGAACCGGGCUUGCUCACAAAAAACUUUUAGUUUAAGAUUAACGAUAAGGAGAAUUUUGGACGGAAUACUGAUAACAGUACCAAGUACCAAGUACUGACCAAGCAGAAGGGGUCGGUAAGCAAUGCUCUGAACUUUUCUGGGGAAUAGCAUAUUUUUCACUGCAGUCAACGUUUAGGCCUAACUGGCAGGUAAUUUCACGAUGAAUGGGUUCGUAUGUUCCAGUGGAAAUGUCAGUGUUUUAUUCUGUUGGACAUUUUUGGGUGUUUUCGUCAACCUACCAACAAUUUCUCUUUCGACAAUACCAAAAUAUUUCAAACCCAAUACUGAGACAUCACCUGGCAGAACGGACAUCGAAUCAGAUUUAGCCUUUUUGCGGUCCAGACCCCAUUCCCUCUCGUCUUUGCUGCCGGUCCGGCCCUACUCACUGUCCAUAAACGAAGAGGACUACCAUUACUCGCCCAAACCAAAAGAUCUGCGCCCUGCUCGGCUCCUGCGGGUGUUGGGCUCAUCUUUCGACCCUUUUUGGAUGUCAAUCGAACGUCCCGCAGAGGCUGUCAGGACAUCUGGCGGUGAGAUCGAGGAAGCGACGUUCCAAGGGAGAGCGGCUUUACCUGGUUCCGUGGGCAGCAGCAACAGUUUCAAUUUCAGCGAGUCUCCAGAACUGUCUGAGGGCGCAGCACGUUAUCAACGAAAACUGGAAAAAGAAGCGGAAGACCUGGAUUUAAGCCAUUUUCCUCCCGAAGCCGCUACUUUUAUUCGCGCGUGGCUGGUCCGCUCGGCCACAUGUGAGCUCCGCUACCAAUGGGUCAAUUUGGGUCCAGUCUUUUGGCCUCCCUGGUUACGCCACACUGACUGUGAACAAACCGGGAGUUCGCGAAGCUGUUCCUUCCCCAGUGGGAUGUCCUGUCGACGGGCACAACUAACGCACAUUAAAAUCUUGGCCUGGCACUGUUGGGGUGGGGAGGACGGAGUUAGUAAGGUACUGGGGACAGAUAAAGGGCUGGCUGGACCAGGGAUGGGUGUGUCGGGCAAGAGGUGUAUAUGGCGACAAGUGCCCUACCCCGUGGUCACUGCUUGCAAAUGCUCUUGUAAAUAGAGUCGUGGUCUGUGAACCGCGGCGUCCGACACAGGAGCGCAGCAGACUCAGAAAAGGGAAUGAUUAUGGUUACCUAGCAAUAACAAUGACCAACCUGCACCGAACUGUAUGAUUGUAUUACCUUUAUGUGCAUUCCAGUUUACCCGAUUAAAAACACUCGUAAAAUGCAAUCAGUUACAUGGAAUAACAUUAAGAAUCAUGACAAAUAAUACUGAAUUGAUUUAGUUAUCUAAGUGCAUGUUUGCUUUUCCAGUAAUUACGAGCAGAACACCUUCCAUGUUUGUCUUAAUAGAAAUAUUUUUCUAAUGUAUUUUUCUAAUGACAGUAUUAAUUUUUGUUCAUUGUUUUGCCCAAUAAAUGAAAUUCUAAAGCUUU